GUGUAGUAAAUUAUCUCUUAUUACUCUUUGAGUUCAUUCCCCACUAGGUUAGUCUGUGUUCAAGUUCAGCAUCGGUCUACGGCACAGUGCCUCAGACUUCCCGGUUGACGUAUAAGAUGAUUUCUUCAAUUAAAGAUGUUAUUCGGUUGCUCCAUAGUGCUGAAGGCCUUUGAAGUCGCUAGAUUCAGUUGUCUUCGUUAGUAGAGUGGGUUAGAGAACUCCCUUCACAUGUCAACAUUGGAGGGGGAAAGUUAUGCACUGUCGCAGAAGUCCGAGUCAUAUGUCAAGGAGCUGGUGGUCGGAAGUUAAAUGUUGGCGCGAAUACCAUUCGCGAGGCGGAUUUGGUUUCUCUGGAGCCAGAUGGUUUAUUGACUGACGAGAUAAUGAGUGGAUUCCUUUGGAUUCUGAUGAGGGAGUGCAAUGUGAAGACAUCCAGGACUGUAAAUAUGCCACCUUCCUAUCUGGCUGUGAUGUCGGAAAAGGGAAACAUGACCUGGCUAUUGAGAAAGCUUGUUGAGGAGGGUGCACAGUUGGUGAAUAUGAUCGAAAACAGCAUCAGCUCGGCCUGCUGUCAACAACUGAUAGUGGUUCAGAUGACGAUGAUGCCAUUGGUCGUGCCCCACUCCAGGUGAUUGCAGAAAAUGAACGAGAACUGCCCUCUACUUCUAGAACUUCUAAGUUUGUGAUGUCUAUCUAUCUAGUUGCUGUUAUAAAUGAAAACAUCACGCCGAACACCGACAAGAACAGUGUCCUGUCAAGCACAUUCAUUGAUGACGAGAUGCGAGAUCCUAAUUGGAAUGCAAAUCUUUCAGUCAACAACUUGUUGAGGAGGGUGCACAGUUGGUGAAUAUGAUCGAAAACAGCAUCAGCUCGGCCUGCUGUCAACAACUGAUAGUGGUUCAGAUGACGAUGAUGCCAUUUGUGCUGCCCCACUCGAUCCAGGUGAUUGCAGAAAAUGAACGAGAACUGCCCUCUACUUCUAGAACUUCUAAGUUUGUGAUGUCUAUCUAUCUACUAGUUGCUGUUAUAAAUGAAAACAUCAUGCCGAACACCGACAAGAACAGUGUCCUGUCAAGCGCAUUCAUUGAUGAUGAGAUGCGAGAUCCCAAUUGGAAUGCAAAUCUUUCAGUCAACAACUUGUUGAGGAGGGUGCACAGUCGGUGAAUAUGAUCGAAAACAGCAUCAGCUCGGCCUGCUGUCAACAACUGAUAGUGGUUCAGAUGACGAUGAUGCCAUUUGUGGUGCCCCACUCGAUCCAGGUGAUUGCAGAAAAUGAACGAGAACUGCCCUCUACUUCUAGAACUUCUAAGUUUGUGAUGUCUAUCUAUCUACUAGUUGCUGUUAUAAAUGAAAACAUCACGCCGAACACCGACAAGAACAGUGUCCUGUCAAGCACAUUCAUUGAUGACGAGAUGCGAGAUCCUAAUUGGAAUGCAAAUCUUUCAGUCAACAACUUGUUGAGGAGGGUGCACAGUUGGUGAAUAUGAUCGAAAACAGCAUCAGCUCGGCCUGCUGUCAACAACUGAUAGUGGUUCAGAUGACGAUGAUGCCAUUUGUGCUGCCCCACUCGAUCCAGGUGAUUGCAGAAAAUGAACGAGAACUGCCCUCUACUUCUAGAACUUCUAAGUUUGUGAUGUCUAUCUAUCUACUAGUUGCUGUUAUAAAUGAAAACAUCAUGCCGAACACCGACAAGAACAGUGUCCUGUCAAGCGCAUUCAUUGAUGAUGAGAUGCGAGAUCCCAAUUGGAAUGCAAAUCUUUCAGUCAACAAGUUCUGAGGCAUGACACGUACGUAUGACACACACACUCUCUGCCAUAUAGAGUGAUGUUGAACAAGCUGGUUCUUAAAUCUGUUAAAAAGCUCAGUUCUGAUGCUCAGACCUCAGGGUUGGAGGAGGGCUUCCACUUCACCUACCACCAGGCAAUGAGUGAGUGAGCAGAAUCUAUGCCGACAGACAGAGUGUGGUGGAGGAAGUCAUCCGGCUGGUGAAGACUGGAGAGACCUAUGACGUAAACUAUGUGUAAUGACUGAUGAUACUCCAAAUCUGGCCUCGCUGCACACACCGCCACCUGCUUCCAAGGAAGAGGCUGUAUUGAUUGCACUUGCAGCAUCGAAGUCGCUUCAACAAGAACGCCUGCUGAGAUAGACAUACAUGCACCAGCCUCAAGAACUCAUGCACACAUCAUUGUGUAGGCUGUUACUGUGUAGAUGAUGUAGACUGACUGCAUGACGUGUUGAGAACUUCUCGAUCACUGGCUUCCUGGAUAAAUGAUGACAAGCUCUGAUAAUAUCAGCUUUUUAUAGUGUAGUACUCGAGGCCCUAGUUUCUGGAAGUUCAUAUUAUUGCGCAGGGAAAAAGUCCCAAGCAUGCAUGAAAAAUUUUAAGAAUGCAAAUUUUGAAUUAACAAUGUUCACUCGAAGUUUUAUUACAAAUAAAAAUAGAAGAACAUUAUUGAUAAA